CCUCUAUUUUUCAUUUUCUCCCAAUUUUCCCUUUUAACUUUCCAACCCCAAAUAAAACAAAGAAGAAAACUUAGAAUCAAACAAAACGACUCAAACCAGGCAAAAUCACUCUCCGCUUACUCUCUCCAUCUGCUUGCUCCACGGAAAGCUCCGUGUGCAUCAGAACUUUGGGAACUACAAAUGAAUAGCAGACAAAGAAUCCUUGGUGGAGGGGUUCAGCAUGUGUUGGACUAUCUGAGGCGAAUGCAAGCAGAAAGUCCAGGAUUUUUCUAUGCUGUUCAAGAUGAUAAUGGAUGUUCUAAUGGAAACAUUUUUUGGGCUGAUGCAACUGCCAGAAUGAACUAUCACUACUUUGGGGACAGUAUCAAUUUCGACACUUGCUAUCGAGCUAACUGCUAUAGCGUACCUUUUGCCACCUUCACUGGCUUAAAUCAUCAUGCCCAGCCUGUUCUCUUUGGCUGUGCUUUGCUUUUUAAUGGGUCUGAAACCUCACUUGUCUGGCUCCUCCAAACUUGGCUUCAAGCGAUGUCUGGACAGAAGCCGCCUGUUUCCAUCACAACUGACACUGAUCAUCUCAUACAGAUGGCUGUUACUCAUGUUCUGCCGGAAACGCGCCAUCGUCUUUGUAAAUGGAGCAUACUUCGAGAAACCAAGGAGAAGCUGACCCAUGUAUGUCAAACACAUCCAACCUUUGAAAUUGAAUUUAUCAAGUGCAUUAAUGAAGCAGAGACAAUCGAGGAAUUUGAAUCUCAGUGGAAGUCACUCCUACAAAGAUAUUACCUCCUGGAUAAUGAUUACCUUCAAUCAAUCUAUAGUGCUUCCCGUCAUUGGGUUCCUGUUUUCAUGCGAGACACGUUUUUUGGGGAUUUUUUAAGUGAUGAUGAUGAAGACAAAAACAGUUUCUUCAAUGGGUUUGUGGAUGCUUCUACCUCUAUCCAGUUGUUGAUUAAACACUAUGAAAAAGCUCUUACAAUCUGGCAUGAAAAGGAAUUAAAGGCAGAUUUUGACUCUACUAAUACGACACCAGUUCUAAAGACGCCUUCACCUAUGGAAAAACAAGCAGCUAAUCUCUAUACCAGGAAAGUUUUCAUGAAAUUUCAAGAGGAGCUGGUUGAGACCCUUGCGAAUCCUGCAACUAAAAUUGAUGACUCCGGAGCGAUCACAACAUAUCAUGUUGCAAAAUUUGGGGAAGAGCACAAGGCGCACACGGUUAGGUUCAACACAUUUGAGUUGACAGCUAACUGUAGCUGUCUAAUGUUUGAAUUUUCAGGUAUAAUCUGUAGACAUGUUUUAUCUGUGUUCAGAGCCAAAAAUGUUCUUACGCUUCCUUCCCAAUACAUUUUGAAACGUUGGACACGAAAUGCCAAGACUGGUGGUGGGAGCACUAUAGAGGAACAUCGUUUAGAGUUACCUAGCAAUUCUCAAGAGUCUUUAACUAUUCGUCAUAAUAGUUUGCGACAGGAGGCUAUUAAAUUUGUAGAAGAAGGGGCAAAGUCUAUUCAUAGUUAUAAUGUUGCGGUGAAUGCUCUGAAAGAGGCUGCAAAAAAGGUUGCUGCUGCAAAGAAGAAAAACGCUGACAAAACUCUGGUGAACAACAUGGUAAAUGGACGCAAUCAAGGAGUGGAUGAAGGAGACAUUGAUCAAGCAGAUUCAGGUCAAUCCAAGGAAGAGAAGGAACAAAAGAUCCGUGAAUUGACUGCCGAGUUAGAUUGCAUAAAUCAACAAUCUGAAGUUUAUCGUUCCAAUCUGUUAGCAGUUUUGAAAGACAUGGAGGAGCAGAAAUUAAAGCUAUCUGUGAAAGUGCAAAAUGCACGGCUUAGCUUAAAGGAGUGAUUCCUUUCAUUUUCUUGUUUAAAUGCAGGAGAAUGCUUGGUAGUUCUCUCUCACAUUGUGAAUUCAGUUCUCAUUCAGUCAUUGAGGAGACUAUGGAAAAUGGGUCUGUGAGCUCAUACAUGGACUGAUGAAUUAUUAUUUUUAAAGUUUGGACUGACUGAUAUCUUUUUCAAGUAGUUGGGUUUGAUUGGUAAAUGUAUUUAACUGAACCUACAUUAGAAUUCCAUAAUGGGGAGAGUUAAAUAGUUGUGUAUAUUCUUUUCUAGCUUGAGGAUGCGUGUGGGUGUCAUUGGGUCACUUUUAGGGACAAGUCUCAGUUCUAGCUUAGAGAUUAUUAAAUAUGUUGUUACAAGUACUGGAGUAUUUGUUCUUUAUCAAAAAACAAAAAGUACUGGAUUUCUUUUGCUGCAGCAGAA